AUGAAACUAGGAUCUACUCUUGCAAAAAGCGUGGUUUCAUUAUCAAAGAAAGCUAACCGUCACCUUUUACUGUGGAUGGGCAUUAUUUUAUCCGGGUGGGUCUUCUGCUACAUUAUCUACUACAUCGUUGACCCUAACAGGAUAAAAAAAAACAGACGUGCAAUAAAUUCUAACGUAGGGCUACCUGAACCUUUGAAACUGUCUGCAAAUUAUAUCGGACAAGAAUCUGUUCCACACCGGUCAUAUCUGAUAACACGAACUCGUUGCACUCAAAGUGUAUUCCUUUUGAUUGUAGUAUUUACUGCCCCUGGUAAUAUGGACAGAAGAACAUUAAUUCGGAGGACGUGGGGGACCGAUCCAUCAGUCUCACCAAGCUGGAAGACGGUGUUUCUUCUCGGUCAAGCCGCAAACAACAGGACCCAAAAUAAAUACUUAGAAGCUGAAAGAGCAACUUACAAGGAUAUCAUUCGAGGAUCUCAAAAUGAACAUUACUACAACUUAACAUUAAAGACACAGAUGGGUCUAGAGUGGGCGGCAAAAUACUGUGAUUUUCAAUUCCUGCUCAAGACAGAUGAUGAUGUCUUCAUCAAUCCUUUUAACCUGGUGGAAUAUCUGCAGAAACCCGAUACACGUCAGAGAAACCUUUACAUGGGACGUUGUCACUACCGUUCUGUGGUACCUCGGUCGGGAAAGAAUGGAGUAUCCUUGGAGAAAUACGAUAAAAGCCUUUAUCCGCCGUUCUGCAACGGACCAGCGUAUGUGUUAUCAUCUGAUCUGGUCUUAAAGUUGGUAGAAUUACUCGACGUCAAAAAGACCUUUCAAAAUGAAGAUGUUUAUGUAGGAAUAUUGAUAGAGAAGAUAGGAGGACCUGUUCCUCUGCACCAUCCAGGGUUUCGAAUUAGAUCGUGUGAACAUUUUGAAGGAACUUUUUCCGUUCAUGGAGGAUUGAACUAUUACUGUAGAAAGAAACUAUUUGACGAGGCAGUGAAAGAGAGAAUGAAAAACCGAACUGGCAAAGCUUCACAGUCAUACGACACAGCCAUAUAA